UUGAUACUUUCCGCUUGGCUCGGGGUUCUCAGUCCGUCCGCGCGGACUUCAGUGCCCCGGCCACCAAUGAGGGGCGGCGAAGCGAGCCUGAAGGAAAAGGCUGUUGCUGCCAAGGACACGCUGGGGGCAGAGUAGACAAGUCACCUGGAGCAGCACUGUACUGAAACUCCAUGAUCGGAUGUCUGGGUUCUCCAGAGGCACCGGCCCACCCGAGUCCCUUGAGAGAGUUUCCCAUCCAUCCUAAACUAGGCGUCUUAAGCUUGGCGCGGACUACAUAACCCAGCAUGCGCCGCACGCGCCUCUGGGGCUCGCACUACGAUUAGAUAACCACUACUCUCAACAUGCCUUCUGCAACUGUGCAAGCCAGAGCACCGGGAUCGAGAACUACAACUUCCGACUCGCAUGACAACUGCGGCGGCGCUAUUUAAAAAGCGUCAGAGAGGAGGUGCAUGGCCACGUCCUUCUCUUCCAGUUCCGCUCCCUAGGAUGAGCGGCGAGGAGAAGGGCGGAGCCUUAGGCCUGAGCUAAGAUGGCGGCUGCGAAGCUAAGCCCCGCGGACUCGCUCUCAUUCUGCCUCGCGCAGCUCACGGCGGCGGCCGGGGAGGGUCUAGGUGGGAGAAAGGACACAGCUACCAACGAGGCACCCUUGGGCCGUGCGCUCUUAGCCCUCCGUACGCGCCACGUCAAGGCAGCUGGGGGAAUCGAACGCUUCCGGGCACGCGGCGGGCUCCGCCCCCUUCUCGCGGUGCUACGGCGAGCGGCUGCAGCGGGUCCCGCCCCUUCCCAGGCUGGCCCAGGCUCCGCCCCCUCGUCUGUCGAGUCAGCGGCUUCUGGCCCCGCCCCUUCUCCGGGCCCCGCCCCCUCUGCUGUGUCGUCAUCGACGCCCUCGCCACCAGCGCGCCUGCGCAAGACGCUGGACUUGGCGCUCAGCAUCCUAGCCAACUGCUGUACGGAAGGGGAGUGCCGGGCUGAAGUGCGCAGACUCGGAGGCAUUAUCCCUUUGGGUGCUGUUCCCCUGCUUGUUGAGGGCCUGACGGCCUGCCAGGACUCACAGUGCCGCCAGAGUGUGGUUCGUGCCCUCCGCAACCUGGCGGACUCACCCCAGCACCGCCUGGCCCUGGCAAAGCAGGGAGUGGUGCGCCCGCUGGCCGAGCUUCUGGCCGCUGCCCCAGACCCUGCGCUGACCUUGGCCUUAGUCCGUGCCCUCCUGGAGCUGAGUCGAGGCUGCUCCCGGGCCUGUGCUGAGCAGCUAAGUCUGGGUGGAGGACUAGGCCCACUGGUCAGCCUGGCCUCCCACCCCAAAAGAGCAGUGCGUGAGGCAGCCAUCCUGAUCCUUGCCAAUCUGUGCGCCCAGGGCCUGGUAAGGCCUGCGCUGGGCAACGCUGGUGCAGUGGAGGUGCUACUAGGUGAACUCCGGCGGCGCCGGGACCCCAGCGGGGCUAGCCCAGCCUCCCAGCAGCCCCUGGUGCGGGCCGUGUGUCUGCUGUGCCGGGAGGCUAUCAACCGGGCCCGACUGCGGGAUGCUGGUGGUUUGGAGCUGCUGAUGGGCCUGCUGCGGGAUCCUCGCGCCAGCGCCUGGCACCCUCGUGUUGUGGCAGCCCUCGUGGGCUUCCUCUAUGAUACUGGGGCCCUGGGCCGGCUGCAGGCUCUGGGACUUGUACCUCUCCUGGCUGGGCAACUGUGUGGUGAGGCUGGUGAUGAGGAAGAAGAGGGAAGAGAAGCUGCUUCCUGGGACUUCCCUGAGGAGAGGACUCCUGAGCGGGCAGAGGCCGGAAGCUUCCAAAGCCUCAGGUCCUGGCUGAUCUCCGAGGGCUAUGCUGCGGGCCCGGGCGACAUCUCUCCCGACUGGUCCCCGGAGCGCUGUCCGCCGCCGCCAGAGCCGGCCAGUCGGGCCAGCCCCUCCCUGGGCCCGACCUCGCUGCGGACGCCCCGCGCCCUGCGCCCGCCCGGCCGCAGCCCCGCCGCCACUGCCCCCGAGGAGCCCUGGGGCCGCGAGGGGCCAGCGCUGCUGCUGCUGUCGCGCUUCUCCCAGGCUCCCGACCCCAGCGGGGCGCUGGUGACCGGCCAGGCCCUGUGCGGCCUGCUGGCCUACGUGACGGGCGCGCCGGGCUCGCCGAGCCCCCGCGCGCUGCGCAUCUUGGCGCGGCUCACCUGCAACCCCGCCUGCCUCGAGGCCUUCGUGCGCAGCUAUGGGGCGGCGCUGCUGCGCUCCUGGCUCGUGCUCGGCGUCGCCCCCGACGACUGGCCCGCGCUGCGCGCCCGGCCCGCUCGUCGCAGCCAGCACCAGCACCGGGAGCUGGGUGAGAUGCUGCUGCAGAACCUGACCGUGCAGGCCGAAUCGCCCUUUGGAGUGGGUGCCCUCACUCACCUGCUGCUCUCUGGGAGCCCUGAGGACCGCGUGGCCUGCGCACUCACCCUGCCCUUCAUCUGUCGGAAGCCCUCUCUGUGGCGCCGGCUGCUUCUGGACCAGGGCGGCCUCCGUCUCCUCCUCUCAGCGCUCACUCGGCCAGCUCCACACCCGCUCUUCCUCUUCUUUGCUGCGGACUCCCUUUCCUGCCUCCAAGGCCUGGUGUCUCCCACUGUGAGCCCGGCCCUCCUACCUGCAAUCCCCUUGGACCUGGACCCGCCCUCCCCUUGCCUCUAUGAGCCUCUGCUGGGCCCCGCCCCCACGGCGGCCCCUGACCUCCACUUCCUGCUGGACUCAGGCCUCCAGCUCCCUGCCCAGCGAGCGGCCUCAGCAACCGCCUCCCCCUUUUUUCGGGCCCUGCUAGCUGGCAGCUUUGCCGAAGCCCACAUGGACCUAGUGCCACUGCGGGGCCUGUCACCCAGCGCAGCCUGGCCUGUCCUGCAUUACUUGCACGGCUGCCGGGGCUGCAGAGCUGCCCUGGGGCCCGUCCCUCCACCGGGCCAGCGCCUGCUGGGCUCAGAGGCUGAGGAAGCCCUGGAAGCUGCUGGCCGUUUCCUGCUGCCCGGGCUGGAGGAGGAGCUGGAAGAAGCCGUGGGCCGCAUCCACCUGGGACCCCAGGGCGGCCCAGAGUCAGUGGGUGAGGUCUUCCGCCUGGGCCGGCCCCGGCUGGCUGCCCACUGCGCUCGCUGGAUCCUGGGGCCGGGGCAGUGCCCACGGAAGCGGGCCCUGGCCCUGGUGGGGCUUGUGGAGGCAGCAGGCGACGAGGCGGGGCCCCUAACUGAGGCCUUCCUGGCUGUGAUGAUGGGGGUAGAAUUGGGGGGCGAGGGUCCCAGCCUCGACGGUUGAUGUCCCCUGGGAGGAGACCCGAGGAUGAGUUGUCUGUGAGGAGUUCUCCCUCAGAGCGGCACAGGAGGAGGCCGAGCAGAAGGGGUCCGCGUCAAGGACCGAUGACAGGGUGGACCGAGACCCCGGGCUGAUGAUCUGAAGGCUCAAGAGUGAGAAGCCAAGGCGAGGCAUGGGGCCCACAAGAUGGAGGACCGCCCACGGCCCCAGGCACUUGGCCUGGCUCAGCUUUCUGGAGUUGGAAUUAAACACUUUGGAGCUGGCUACCCCUGUCGUGUGGUGUCUCUGCUUACCUUCCUGUGGUGGUACCCCAACCCCUUCACCCAUCAAGUAGGGUCCUGUCCCGGUUUCUGUGUCUCAAUACAGGCCACCCUUGGCGUAUAGGAGUUGUUUUCUAAAUUUUUUAUUUACUUAUUUUUGG